GAAAUAGAAAAAGGGCAAAGCGCGUGUAUGAUGAAUGAUGAGAGUGAGAUCUCCUGAAGGAAAGGGUGGACUCCCACUUCCCAACAAAACAAAAAGGUUGCAGGCAGACUAUAUUUUUCGUCUCGAGAUUUCUCCCGCUCUCUCCAUGGGUUGUACGGGAUCCACGCGCGCCAAAGGAGACGAGAGUGCAAAGAAAAUUCGGAAGCCAAAACCUUGGAAGCAUUCUGAAACGAUUACGAGGACACAACUUAUGCAGUUGCGAGAUGAAUUCUGGGAUACCGCUCCUCACUAUGGUGGUAGGAAAGAGAUAUGGGAUGCGCUUCGAGCUGCUGCUGAAGCUGAAAUAACCCUUGCACAAGCAAUUGUCGAUAGUGCUGGUGUAAUUGUCCAGAGUGAGGAUUUGACGAUCUGCUAUGACGAGAGAGGUGCGAAGUAUGAGCUACCGAAGUAUGUCUUGAGUGAGCCAACCAAUUUGAUUCGGGAUAAUUGAUCAUAUAAAAAAUACAGUGCUCCAUUUAGACUGUAAAUAAUGUAAAUUAAUACCCUUAUCACUUUUAGUCCAAAAAAAUAUCACCGGUCAAAGUUAUGUACAACAUCAAAAGCUCAAGCAAAAUAGUUCACAUUGUGGGUAAGCAAAAAUAAACUGCAUAUACUCAAAUGUGUUAGCGUGGCUUUGCAGAUCCAACUGGUUUUAGAAAGAAUAUGUUGCAUAACAUUCUUCAUCGAGGAAAUUUAACUGGCCAGAUCU